CUCUUUUGGAACAUUUUCGGAAAGUUUAAAUUUAAGGUUCACCAGGAUGACGACGCAUUUUUACUAUCCAAAUAAGGAGCUGCAGGAGGAGCUGAUCUGCAUAUCGAAGUCAUUGGUGGCACCUGGAAAAGGAAUCUUGGCGGCCGAUGAAUCCAGUGCAGUAAUGGGCAAGCGCUUUCAAUUAAUCGGAGUAGAGAACACGGAGGAGAAUCGCCGAAUAUAUCGGCAAAUGCUCUUCACCACAGAUCCAAAGAUAUCGGAAAAUAUAUCUGGAGUGAUAUUCUACCAUGAAACGUUGCACCAGCGCACGGAUGAUGGACAGCCAUUUGUAGAGACCCUCAAGAAAAAGGGCAUCCUGACUGGUAUCAAGGUGGACAAACACUUUUCGCCACUCUUUGGCUCCGAGGAUGAGUUCACCACCCAGGGACUGGAUGAUCUGGCCAGUCGGUGUGCCCAGUACAAGAAGGAGGGUUGCAGCUUUGCCAAGUGGCGGUGUAUCCUGAAGGUCACCAAGAAUACGCCUUCGCCGCAGGCUAUUUUGGAAAAUGCAAAUGUCAUGGCCCGAUAUGCGGCCAUCUGUCAAUCACAGCGUCUGGUACCGAUUAUCAAUCCCGAGGUUUUGUCUACGGGCGACCAUGACUUGGAUCGAUGUCAGAAGGUCAACGAAAUCCUGCUGGCUGGUGUCUACAAGGCUCUUAGUGAUCACCACGUCUUCCUCGAGGGAACCCUCCUGCAGCCUAGUAUGGUAACGCCUGGCCUGCAGAGUAACAAGAACCAUCCGCCUUCGGACAUCGGAUUGGCCACAGUUCUUUCCAUCAGGCGAACUGUUCCCCCAGCCGUUAUGGGAGUACUAUUUUGUAGUGGAGCCCAAUCAGAGGAAGAGGCGUCGAUAAAUUUGAAUGCCAUCAACAACGUACCGCUCUGCAAGCCCUGGGCCAUGACUUUCGCCUUCGAUCGGGCUUUACAGACCUCUAUCUUGAGAACUUGGGGUGGCAAGAAGGAGCAGAUCAGCCAUGCUCAGAAUGAGCUUAUCAAACGUUGCAAGGCUAAUGGACUGGCCAGCAUUGGAAAGUAUGUAAUUGGUUCCGUAGAAAGCUCAGCAGGCACAGAAAGACUUAUCCAGGAAGCAGUCGAAUUCUAAAGAUCAUCGAUCAUCCUUGGGAGUGGUUAGGAUAUAAAACUCUUGGCACGAGGAAAAAACACCUUUGGACCAAAUAUGUUAAAAAUAAAAUUUUCUGAUUAAAUUUAAAGAUAUUGAUAAUUUAUUGACCGAUUUUUUAAGAG